AGCUCACGAAUACUUUGUGUGGCGUUUUAAAACUGACGGUAAAAAGAUUGCGAGUGUGAGAAAACGACGCAAAUCCUCCUAUUCUUCACUCCUAUUCUUCACUUACUCCCCAAAUCGACGAAACAGACUUUCAUUUUGAAGCUCUCGUGCGCGCUUUGUACUGAAAUCAGCUCUGAAGGUGUGGAGCGAUUUCGAACCGUAGGUCUCUCACUGCUCUCAGAUCUUAAGUCUCUCUCUUUCCCUCUCUUUCUCUCUUGCGUUCUCUCUAUCUCUCUCAGUCUCUCGUGCUCUGUUUUCAUUUCGAUCAGCUCUCGUCCUCAGCUCUGAAGGUCUCGAACAGGGAUGCGAUUUCGCUCAUCGGCGUAGGUCUCCUCUCCCACCUCCCUUUUCAAUUGUGGUAGUAUCUUUUGAAGAAAUUGCUUGAACGCUAGCUUGGAAUUGAAGUUUCGAAAUGGAUAGAGAUUGGAUGAGUGCGAAUAGGUUAACGGUAAAAUAUAGGGAAGGUGUUGACUUCUUUUUGGAGUUUUCUGCAAAGAAUGCGGAUAAUCCUGAUUUGGUUCAUUGCCCAUGUCUCAAAUGUGGUAACAUGGAGCGUAUGAAAAUUGCCCAAAUAAGAGAACAUUUGUUUAAGAACGGUAUAGACAGGAGUUAUAAGGUUUGGUAUCACCACGGAGAAAAAAUUAGAAGAUCGGGCGAGGGACCCUCUAGAAAGGAUAAGAUUGUUAAUAAUGUGGAGUAUGAAGAUGAUCACAUCGCAGAGAUGAUUAACGAAGCAGAGUUUGAAUCUCAAGUUCGUCCUGAAACAUUUCAAACUAUGUUAGAAGAUGCUGAAAAGCCGAUUUACCCUAAUUGUACUAGGUUUACUAAAUUAUCGACGCUUAUUAGGCUAUACAAUUUGAAAGCAAAACACGGGUGGAGUGAUAAGAGUUUGACAGAGUUACUAGCUUUCUUAGGAGAAUUAUUACCCGAAGGUAAUGAGGUGCCUUUGUCUUUCUAUGAGGCAAAAAAGACAUUGUGUUCGUUAGGCUUGCAAUAUGAAAAGAUACAUGCAUGUCCUAACGAUUGCAUCCUAUAUCGAAAGAGAUUUGUGGAUGAGGUAUCAUGUCCAACGUGCGGUGAGUCCAGGUGGCAAAAGAAAAAGAAUUCUAAUGAGGUAAAGAAGGGUGUUCCUGCAAAAGUAUUGUGGUACUUACCACCCAUACCUCGUUUGGUUCGGUUUUUUCGAAAUGCCGACCAUGCUAAAAAUUUGACUUGGCAUGCCAGUGAUAGAGUGAAAGAUGGUAUGAUGAGACAUCCAGCUGACUCUCCCGCUUGGAAAACAAUUGAUGCUAGAUGGCCUGAUUUUGCCAAUGAGCCUAGGAAUAUCCGUCUUGGUCUCUCUGCAGACGGUAUCAAUCCACAUACUUCCCUUAGCAGUAAGUAUAGUUGUUGGCCAAUCUUGCUUGUGAUAUAUAAUUUGCCGCCGUGGCUUGUUAUGAAGAGAAAGUUCACUAUGUUGACAUUGAUGAUAUCAGGCCCUUCACAACCUGGCAAUGAUAUUGAUGUAUACUUAGCUCCUCUUAUUGAUGAUUUAAGUAAAUUGUGGUAUGACGGUGUUAAUGCAUAUGAUGCCUAUAGGAAUGAAGCAUUCAAUCUUAGGGCCAUGUUAUUGUGGACAAUCAAUGAUUUUCCUGCUUUCGGGAAUCUUUCUGGCUACAGUGUGAAAGGUUAUAAUGCAUGUCCUAUCUGUGAAGAGAAAACAUGCUCUCGCUAUUUAACACAUUCGAGAAAAAUUUGUUAUAUGGGACACCGAAAGUUUUUGCCACCCGAACAUGUAUUUCGGACCUGGAAAAAGGCAUUUGACGGUAAGCAAGAAUUUGAAAUGCCUCCCCCACCUUUAAGCGGAAGACAAUUGGUAGAAAAAUUGAAUAAAAUUCAAUUCAAUCUUGGAAAGCGAAAGUCAAAAUCGAAGAAAAGAAAAGGAGGUAAGGGUGUCACAAAUGAACCUCAGGGACCGUGGAAGAAAAAAAUCAAUAUUUUUUGA